AUGAGCAACCGAGCUGCAUUUUUGGAAACUGCAAAGGGUGAAUUUCGCGUCUGCGAUGCUGAUCUAGCAGAGCCAGGAGAGGGCGAGGUACUUGUCAAGGUUCACGCCUGCGCCAUACAACCAGCAGAUGCAAAAUGUGCGAAGUUCUCAAUGAUCCCUGUAGAAUAUCCUGCAGUCCUCGGUAGUCCUGUUGCAGGUGUUGUGGAGGGUAUCGGACCCGGCGUGAGCAAUGUCACCAUUGGCGAUCGGAUAGUGUGCGGCACAAAGAUCUUCUCGCACAAGAAGGCUAAGUACGGUGGCCUGCAGCGCUUCACCAUCGUUGAUGAGUCUGAAGUCGUUGAAAUUGGCGACACUGAGUUCACCCAAGCUGUAACUCUGGCUUCGUACACGCCUCCAGGAGCCUUGUUCGCCACAUCAACACUGAACAUGCAUCGCCCCACUAUACCAGCCUCUUCGCUGCCGGAAGGCGAACAGGAAAAGAAGAUUCUUAUCUGGGGAGGAUCUUCCGCUAUGGGAUCUCUAUCCAUCUCCUACGCGAAAACAGCCGGAUACACCGUCAUCAGUACAAGUUCACCACACAAUUUUGAUCUUCUCCACGACUGUGGUGCAGACUAUGUCUUCGACCACAGCGACCCAGCAACCGUUGGUGCAAUCCGCGAUCUCUUUCCUAUUCAUUACUGGUUUGAUACCAUCGCACUCAAGCCCUCACUAUCCACUCUUGUCAAGAUACUCGCCCCAGUAGACGAGCCAGUUACGAAGGCAAACAUCCUUACCUUACUGCCGCUGGUUAUGACGGGUAUGAAGGCAGAAGACUUCCCCGAAGGGAUUACGACGCAAUUUCAUCGUUUCUCUACGCAUGCACCGGAGAAUGUAGAGUGGCAUGAGUAUUUCCUCGCGCGUGGCGGGUUUCUGGAAAAAGCUAUCAAGAAUGGAGUACUAAAGGGUGUUCCAGCGGAAGUCAUCGGCGGCUUGGACAACGUCGCCGAGGGUAUCGAGAAAUUGCACAGCGGAGUCAGCGGCAAGAAGAUUGUUGUCCAACCAUGGGUGUGA